GGACGCUGCAGAAGAAGACGAGUGAGCACGGAGAUCAGAGCUGCUCCUCUUCCUCUUCGUCAGGAUUUUUUAUUGGAAUGUUAAACAUCCCGACGUCUGCUGGCUCCGUGCGGCAGGAAGGUGCAGCGUUCUCUCCGGCUGUGACGGAGGAAGCACGGAGAGGGAAGAAAGAAGACGGGGGUUGCCGUGGUAGCACUGCCCAGACGUGGAGCGCCCUGCAUGGGACGAGUGGGAGGCGGAUUCCCCCUCCAACAUCUGGAGGAGGAUGCUGCCUUGAAAACAUCUGGAAAGGAGAGAACUUAUAUUCUAUUUUUGGAAAUAUGACCAAGCAACAGAGGAGCGAUUAAGAAGGACAAGAAGAAAGGCAGAUGGUGGCUGGAUUUAAUUUCCUUAUUUGGAGUGUUGGACAACACCAAAGAUUGUUUACCGUGCCGGAACAUUUUUCCACGGACAGCCUUUUUGCGUGAAGCAGGUGUUGGAGUCAGAUAAGAGAUGACUGACUGAGACGCAGCGGCGGCACGUUCGACAUGACAGCGGCGGGGAUGAAGAAUAAAAAUAUGGAGGACUAAAAAAAACCCAACCAAAACAUCUUGACAGCUUCCUGUCUCUAUUAAACCGACUAAAAGCACAAAACACACAUUUUAACUGAGAUUUUUAACAUUUUAACUGAGAUUUUUAACAUCCCUGCAACAAUUAAUUGAUGAUUAAUCAAUGAUCGAAUUAAUCAACUAUUUUGGGAUUUGAAUUUAUUGUUUUUUUGUGAAUUUUUUUCAAUUUCUAAAGUCAUCCAUAAAAGCAGACUUAUUUUUUCUGUGUUUCGGACCAAACCACUAACUAUUGAGUUUGAUUCACACAGAUUCUGUCCAUCAAUAACUGAGCGGAUUGAUCGAUUAAUUUAAAAAGAAAAGUUGCAGUCCUAGUUUGAACAUAACACCUUGUCACAUUCCUUAAAAACAACAUCUAAGAAAAAAAAACAGCACAAAUUUCAACUCCUCUAUGCUAAUUAAAGCACUAUAGUCAACUAAAAUAUGUCAAUUAAGGCUAAAGAAAAAGCUACUAUCGCUAUACAGAUAGAUUAACUUGAUUAACCCGUUAUCUUUAAUGACUUAGUUGAUUUUAUUCUGUACAAAAAAAGGCAACUUCUUAUUUUCAAGCCUGGCGUUGAAGACAUUUUUAAGAAAAUAAGCACACUAGAAUGUUUGGACAAUCUUUGUUGCUAACGUUUGGAUACAAACUGAAACUUUUUGGAGGACAUCUUUUUUUUUUUAUAGACUGCCUCAGGAACACCAGAAGGUGUCAAAGGUCAGGAUUGUGCUGAUGUGGAGGUGAAAGGUCGCGAGGCAUCAUCAUGGGCUGCAACAUGUGUGUGGUCAAACGUCCAGAGGAGCACUACAAGGUCAUGUACCAGCAAAAGGGGUGGACUAACUCCCUGAGGCCGAUGGAGCGACAUGGAAAUGCAAAGGUUAAAGGCAGGAUGCGUUCGCACCUUCAGUCGGACAGAUCGCUAAACUCACAGCAGCCUUUGCAACGGCCCGGGACGAUCCACAGGAGCCACAGAAGGAAAGGUGGCAUCCCAUGCGUAGGAAACGGGACAAGCAGCUCCAUCUCCUCCAUCGCCAUGGUCGCAGUUCCCAACUGCGUCGAAAACGCCACCCAGACAGACAUCUCCUUCCAGUAUGGUGGGACCUCGGGGAGGGGUAAAGGUCACCAUCACCAGGGCCAAGGAGAUUCCUCCCCUCAGCCGCCCCCGACUCCUCCCUUCCUUCCGCUGAUGGAGCAUUAUGGGAUUUGCAUGUUUGACUACAACGACCUCAACGACUACUUGGACAUGACGCACCACGAGGUGGACAGGACGGAUGACCUGGAGUAUGAGGAAGUGGAGCUCUACAAAUCCACUCAGGAGGAGAAACUAGGCUUGACUGUCUGCUACAGGACGGACGACGAGGACCACUUGGGGAUUUAUGUUGGCGAGGUCAACCCAAACAGCAUCGCGGCCAAAAAUGGACGCAUCAGGGAGGGAGACCGAAUACUUCAGAUUAACGGCGUGGACAUACAGAACCGAGAAGAAGCGGUGGCCAUAUUGACCCGAGAGGACAGCAUCAACUUCUCUUUGUUGCUGGCUCGGCCCGACAUUGAGGAUGUUCCAACAGAGGGCAUGAGGGUGGAUCUAGAUGAAGAUGCAAGUUCCAAGAUGCUUAAUGAUCAAGCCCCCUCCUCCAGCCGCCUCUCUGGUUGUUGGCCCGUCAGUCAACGAGAAGGGUGGGACUAUUCAAGAGGAAGCGGAAGCCAAUUGGAUGAUGAGGAUGAUGAGCAAGGUGACAAGGAGGAAGGAAAGAAGACAGAGACAAAUGGCGGCGAGUGCCCAGUGCCCCUUCCCCCUCUGCUCAACCUGCCACCCCUGCUGUCCGCCAGUCAAGACCUGGACAGCGGACUGGGACGCACCGAUGACAGUACCCGCUAUGAGGAGUCCUCAGAGCAUGACCUGCUGGGGGAUCAAACCAGCGCCUGUAACACCAACACCACUAACACCCCCGGCAGUACUCGAAAGUUCCGUCUCGGACCCAGUCCAAGGCUCAGUCCACGACCCAGUCCCGGCUUCUGCCCAAGCCCCAAGCUGACCCCGAGCCCGGGGCACUGCCGAGGAGACCCUGCGCAUCCUUUCCUGCACCUUUGUGACUUCCAGCUCAGCUCCGACUCCCUCACUGGGCCGGAUUGGACAGAGACGGGGGCAAUGCAAAACCACGGCCAUCACAAGCUCCAGCAGCACAAAAGUCCGAUGAGCAUGCUGGCAAUGAUGCCGGGCCUGACAGAGGACGAGUUCCAGCGCUACCAGGAGCUGCUGGAGAUCAGGUACCAGUACGAGAGGCGGCCCACGAAACAACGUAUCGAGCAAGACGUCCGUGCCAGAGAGGCGGGUCUUCAGCAGAGAAAAGACGAAGAAGAGCGUGAAGGAGGAGAUGAGGUGGAUAUGAAGUGCAACGUGACGGUGAGCCAGCGCGAGAUGGCGCUCAUCGAGGAGGAGCUGCGUCACCUGGAGUUCAAGUGUCGCAACAUCCUCCGUGCUCAGAAGAUGCAGCAGCUCAGAGAGCAAUGCCUGAAGGCGUGGAUGAUGGAGGAGGAGUCAGUGGAAGCAGGUAACCAAGGCAACCAUUGAGUGUUGUUAAUAUACUUAUGUUGGGAUUCACGCAACUGUUGACGUGCAGGGAUCCCCGACGGUGAUGAUCGGGAGUUGUCAGCCAUUAACGAGCUUCCAGAGCGUUCCAAUGGCGGCGGCGGCGGGGAGAGCUGCCACAGCACACCAUCGGCGAGCAUUGAACGGAUACCGCCUCUCCAAGAAGACGACGACUGUGAAGGGGGACCGCCCAUGUCCCCGCCUACGCUCCUCCCCCUCGGUCACCUCCCACCUCUGAACUCGCCUCUCGCCGGCCGCCGUCGGGACCGUGAGAAGCACCACUCCAACUUUAGUUGCUCUCUUUCUCCCAGGGCUGGAUGGAAUUCCGACCAUGGCAACAAAUCCCAGUCCAUGCCAUCCACACCCUCCAAGUUCAGAUCUCUGUCCAGAGAGGCGGGGCCAUCACCUAGAAGGGUCAUAGCCGAUGAAGGGCAGGGCUCCAAAACUGGUGCCAUGCUCAGCAGGCCUGUAGGAGGCGCUGUAAAGUCCAGCCCCCUCCUGUCCCAGCGCCACCAAAGCCGCGUCAAGCCAUUGGAACGCUACCAGAGCUGCAUGGCGCUGCCCUCUGAUGGCCUGGUAGACCCGCUGGAUCAGCUCGUUAGAGAGAGAGGGAGGGGUGAGGGUGAGGAGAGAGGGGUGGGCACGGGCAGCAGCGGGCCCGCCAGUCCCCACGGAGUGAGCAGCGCCCCCUGCGGUCUGGAGGACCGGCAUACAGCCUCACGGUUGGGACUGGCGUUACCGCUUGGGCUGUUGCACUCGUCUCCAACGGCCACGUCACAGCGCAUGGAAUGGAAGGUGAAGAUCCGCAGCGACGGCACUCGUUAUGUGGCCAAGCGGCCCGUGCGAGACCGCCUUCUCAAAGCCAGAGCCAUGAAGAUCAGAGAGGAACGUAGCGGCAUGACGACCGACGACGACGCUGCCAGUGAGAUGAAACAGGGCCGAUACUGGAGCAAAGAAGAGAGGAAGCAGCAGCUGUUGAGAGCCAGAGAGUACAGACGAAGGAGAGAGUUCAUGAUGCAGAGCCGCCUGGACUACUUGAAGGGGGACAGGGAUGUUUCAUCAUCACCAGGUGGCGCCGAAGAGCAUCCGUCCUCUCAGAGUGGUCCUGCUCAGGACAACAUUAUCCUCCCGGGCCAGAAAAAGAGCAUCAAGAGGAGAAAUCGACGUAUCCUGGACAACUGGAUCACGAUCCAGGAGCUGCUGGCUCAUGGUUCACGGUCUCCAGAUGGAAAGAAGAUAUUUAACCCCCUCCUUUCCGUGACCACUGUGUGACCAAGACCAUUGAUUAAUGGUAGUCCAACGGGCAGCCUUUAGGUGCAGACUCUCAUUCCGUUGAAAGUCAAGCCUUCGGAACCAAGACCACCAAACUAGACAUCCGAUAUGCCUUCCCUGCACUGUCAGAUUCCGUCCAUAAAAUAAUAAACAGAACCAAAGUGCAGUUUUUAUCCAACGUCCAAGUGAGUCCACAAUCCUGUACUCCCGAAGCACACCCCAAAGACACAAUCCACAAAGCACACAAGGACUCCCCUGUAUCCUGUAAUACACUGGCAAGGGUAUAGAUCUGGUCCAGCGUUCCGCAUCGCAUUUCCUGGAUGACUGGUUGGACAACCAUCCAGACUCACAUGACUAGUAGUCCACUCGGGAAAUAAUCAAAUUUUGUUGUCAAGUCGGCUCAUUGAAAAUGUUUAUUCCGACUUAUGGAUGCAUGGAUUAUUCAAUAAUGAAAUAUCACAUUUAAUGGGUAGAUGACAAAAUCAUUGAUCAAUUGUUAUUGAAUUUGACAUAUAAUUUAUGUAAACUAAACUUCACCCCUGAAGCUCUUUUUACAUUUGUAUGACGCUUACGAAUGUUUAAAAUGUGACUUAAAACAUUGCCUGUACUCCUCAAAGUUUUUUUGCUAAUUGAAGUAUUUGUAUUAUCUUUCCAUUUACUUUUUGUUUUAGUAUAAAAAAAAUAAAUAUUUGAUUUUGUUCAAUGGAAAUAAGAUCAUUACUAUCAUUUGUAAUCUGUGUGUUGUCUCUAUGUAUUAAAGUAAAGUGGCCUUUUUUUAAUGUAUGGGAAGAGGAAACCUUGUCAAUACUCCUUUAAAAUGAUAGGAAGUUAA